ACUGACAGGACUUCCCUCACAGAGAUCUCAUUAAGGUUUCACUGUGAGAAACAGCACAUUUUGAUCUCUCCUUCUCCAAACAAAGGACAAUCACAACAAGAAAAUGCGCGAGUGCAUCUCCAUCCAUGUUGGCCAGGCUGGGGUCCAGAUGGGCAACACAUGCUGGGAGCUGUACUGUCUGGAGCAUGGCAUCCAGCCUGAUGGCCACAUGCCCAGCAAUAAGCCCAGUGGAGGCUACGAUGACUCCUUCACCACCUUCUUCAGUGAAACCGGAACAGGAAAAUAUGUCCCCAGAGCCAUCUUUGUGGACCUGGAGCCAACUGUCAUUGAUGAGGUCCGAACCGGAACCUACCGUCAGCUUUUCCACCCGGAGCAGCUGAUUUCUGGAAAGGAGGAUGCAGCCAACAAUUACGCUCGAGGCCACUACACUGUUGGAAAGGAGCACAUCGAUUCUGUCCUCGACAGAAUCCGCAAACUGUCUGACCAGUGCACAGGGCUUCAAGGCUUUCUGGUCUUCCACUCCUUUGGAGGAGGAACUGGCUCCGGCUUCACCUCUUUGCUCAUGGAACGCCUAUCGGUAGACUUUGGCAAGAAGUCUAAGCUGGAGUUUGCCAUUUAUCCAGCUCCUCAGGUGUCUACGGCUGUGGUGGAGCCCUACAACUCCAUCCUGACCACACACACCACGCUGGAGCACUCCGACUGCGCCUUCAUGGUGGACAACGAGGCCAUCUAUGACAUCUGCCGCAGGAACCUGGACAUCGAGCGCCCGUCUUACACCAAUCUGAAUCGCCUUAUAAGUCAGAUUGUCUCCUCCAUAACAGCCUCUCUGCGCUUUGACGGAGCCUUGAACGUGGACCUGACAGAGUUCCAAACGAACCUUGUGCCUUACCCUCGUAUCCACUUUCCUCUGGCCACCUAUGCCCCUGUUAUCUCUGCGGAGAAGGCCUAUCACGAGCAGCUGACUGUGGCAGAGAUAACCAACUCCUGCUUUGAGCCGGCCAAUCAGAUGGUCAAGUGUGACCCCCGCCACGGAAAGUACAUGGCCUGCUGCCUGCUGUAUCGUGGCGACGUGGUGCCCAAAGACGUCAACGUGGCUAUUGGCAACAUCAAGACCAAACGCAGCAUCCAGUUCGUGGACUGGUGUCCAACUGGAUUCAAGGUGGGCAUCAACUACCAGCCCCCCACUGUGGUUCCUGGAGGAGAUCUGGCUAAGGUGCAGAGGGCCGUGUGCAUGCUGAGCAACACCACCGCCAUCGCAGAGGCCUGGGCCCGCCUGGACCACAAGUUCGACCUGAUGUACGCCAAGAGGGCCUUCGUCCACUGGUAUGUUGGUGAAGGGAUGGAGGAGGGGGAGUUCUCCGAGGCCAGAGAGGACAUGGCCGCCCUGGAGAAGGAUUACGAAGAGGUUGGCAUCGACUCACUGGAGGAGGAUGAGGAGGGUGAGGAGUAUUAAAACAUCUGAAGGCUUCUGAGGACAGAUGUGCAUUUUAAAGGGCGGUGUGGCAGUUUUAACAAGCUUACCUAAUGAUUUAUGCUUUUAUUAAAAUUUUAUUUUUGAUCGCAUUAAACAAUUCUUAAAAGGACAGAUGUCCGAAUUCUCUCUUUUUUUUUUUUUUUAAUAAAACUGUUUCCCCC